ACUUGUUGAUGGAACCUGCAGAACAUAGAAAACAAGAAACAUUGUAAAGUCUGUUGUUGUUAAAACAAAGUAAAUUUAUUUUCAAACAUAAACAAUGAGUUUUGUGUGUGAGAGAGGGGACAAAAAGAGAAUAGUAAUGGUUGAAAAGUGGAAGAAAGGUGUUUUGGUAGGGAAAAGGGGAGGAAUUUGUAGUACUCCAUCAACCACAUGGAGAUUUGACCCUCCAUCUCAACAAAAUAGCAUUGUUUCAACUUCUGCUAGAAAACUUUGUGCCAACCUUUGGCAAAUUCAACAUACACCAUUUGCCAAAAUGAACAAACAUGGUGGCACCAUUCUUCGCCGCCGCCGCCGUCUCCACCACCAAAGCACUACUUCUGACCAGUCACCAUCUGCUAGUACCAUAAGAAGGCAUGUCAUCGCAUCACUUGUUCAGCGCUAUAGAUCAGUCGGUAAAAAUGCAUGUGCUCUACCGCCUGCAUCUCCUGGCUACAAUAACUCAGUUGAAGUUGCACCAUAUAAAUGUGAAGUAACUUCCACAAGCUCCAUAGAUAUCAAAGGUAUAACUGAAGAGUCAAGGUACAACCUUGCAACAUCAAAGGAAGUACUUAAUGUACUUAACCGGAUAUGGAGUCUAGAAGAACAACAUGCAUCAAAUAUAUCAGCAGUGAAAGCCUUAAAAACGGAACUAAAUCGCUCUCGAACACAGAUGAAGGAGUUAAUACGAGAGAAACAAAUGAACAGACAGGAAAUGGAGAAAUUAAUGAAGCAAAUGACAAUUGAAAAAUUUGUUAGGAAGAAUAAAGAACAUGAUAGAAUUCAAACUGAGGUACAAUCACUUAAAGAAGAGCUAGAAGAUGAGAGAAGGCUACGAAAGCACUCUGAAAGCUUGCAACAGAGGCUUGCUUGUGAGCUUUCUGAAGUAAAAUCUUCAUUCUCUAGUUGUUUGAGAAACCUUGAACAAGAGAGAAAAGCACAAAUACUUUUGGAGAAUUUGUGCGACGAGUUUGCCAAAGGAAUAAAAAAUUAUGAACAAAAAGUUCAUUGUCUUAGGCAGAAUUCUGAGAAUGGUUACCUUGAAGGGGAGAAUGUUGAUCGGCUAAUCCUUCAUAUUUCAGAAGGUUGGCUUGAUGAGCGCACACAAAUGAAGAGAGCACAAUCUGACAGUGAUAUCAUAGAUAGAAUCUCAAUUGUUGACAAGUUAGGUUUUGAUAUAGAAACAUUUCUUCAUGCAAAACGUUCCAUUGAUUUUAAAAAAUACGGUUACUCCUCGCCGAAGGAGCUCAAGGAAAUUUAUCCUUGUCAACAUUUAAUGGAUUCCUUUCUACUACAAGAUAUGACUCAGGAAGAUUCCAUUGAUAAUGACUGUUUUGAACCGAAAGAGACUACUGCUGAAGGGCUUCGAAAACUUGGCUCCAAAACGGAAAGAAACAAUGCUACCGAGCUCCAUCAAGAAAAAGGAAGCAAAAAUUCAAUUAGGAAAGAGGUUCUGUCAAAGGCAAUCACUGAGGACUUUCACUUGCAAGCAAACAUAAAGAGGAACAUGUCAUGUAAUGAUAAUAACGAGAGUUGCUUUGUCGAGAAGAAGUUAAGUGAAAUGGGAGAAGACAGCAUAAAACGGUGGAAAUCAAUGUUGAUUGCUUCGGAUUUUGACAAUACUGAGUCUUCUACCAAAUUGCCAAAGGGAGUAAAGGAAAACACGUUGAUGGCAAAACUACUUGAAGCAAGACUAGAGAGACAGAUAAGUAGGUCCAAACGUGGAAAAAGCACUUCUUGAUUCAUUAGAAAAUAGUUUCUAAUUGAAAGAUUGAAAUUUGAAAUAGCUGCAAAGGAAAAUUAUUACGCUAGGAUCUUCGAUCAAAUUCUAGUAAAACCAGAUUGAAAUUUGAAAUAGCUGCAAAGGGAAAUUAUUACGCUAGGAUCUUCGAUCAAAUUCUAGUAAAACCAUCUUGUACACAAUAAUCUCUUUUCUAUAAGUAUUGAAGAAGAUCAGAGUUGUAUCCAUUAUUUGUAAUAGAUCUUUGAUCUCGCUUUCCUUCAAAGAUCAGUUGGGGUAAAAACAACUAUACAAGUGACUUAGACACCAUAUCUUCACCCAAAAUGUUAAGGCAUUAGGUAAAUGGGUUGCCUCACUUAUAUGUUGUUCAACGUCUACGUUUCCAUCCAAUUUCUAAUUCACACUUGACACACCAA